AUGGGCAACGGACACUCUUCCUCCAAAAAAGACCCCCGGAAGGAUUCCAGAAAGGACUCCCGGCGCGAGCCCAGGCGGGAUUCCAAGAAGGACUCGAGGAAGUCCUCUUCUAGGAGAGACCACAAAAAGGACUCCAAGGGCACAUCUUCUCGACAUGAAUCCUCCUCCCAUCGCUCCCAUCGCCAUCGUCAUUCUCAUUCUCAUGCCCGCUCCCAUUCCCACUCCCGUUCCCACCACACUCACGGAGCCUCUCAUCACAACAACAACCACCGCAACACCAUCCACAUGGGCAACGAACACGAUGGCUCACAGCAGCGUGCCCACCAGCGGAUGGAUUUUAUUCUCCAGCUGUUCCAGGACCACUCCCUCGUCCCCCAGAUCCACCCCCUGUGGGAAAGCAUGACCGAGGACGCAAGGAGUGCGACCCUGAGACUUCGGGACCGGGGCUCGGCCGUCACUGCGACGGAAAGGGAUGACCUCGUCCGAAUGCUUUACGUCGGGGCUCCUGACGCCCCCGAGACCAUGGGCUACGGCUACGACGUUGAGGAGGACAGGCUCUACAGCCGGGACGCCUCGCCCGUCGUCAACGCCCUCGGCAUCAUGAACAACGAGCCCCCCAGCGAGCAAGGCUCUGCGCGCCGCCAUUCGACAAUCGGCCACUCCAGUGUUCCAUCUACCGACGUCGGAUCCUCUCAACGAAGCCGGGGCCGAUCGCUUUCUCCUCUUAUCCCCCAGGCUGCUGCAUUCCCUCCACCUGGCCCUGCCCUUGAGCGUGCUCCUCCUCUCCAGCAGGCGGCUUCGACGGACCACCAUCACGACCGCGGACACCGCUCUCACUCACGAUCUCAUGCUGGGCCCUCGUCCGAGGGUGAUCGCCACCAUCGCCACCACUCACACUCACACUCACACUCUCGCUCUCAUGCUCGCGAGUCCUCGCGUGAGAGGGCCAGGAGGCGCCCGCACCCUCACAAGAAGUCGUCGUCGUCUCGCAGGAAGUAA